AUUUGAAAUUUAUAAAUUUAAUAUAAUUAAGAAGCAAAAUGAAAAUUUUUUUAUUCUUCGUGUUAAUAAUGUCCAUAAAAGUAAGAUUAAGUUAUGCAAACUUUUUACAGUGCUCCUAUAGUCGUUAUUUUCUAAACUUUUUUAACCAUAAUGAAAGAUUUUUGUUAGAAUUUAAAAAAAAUAAAGAUUAUAUCACAAUCCAAAAUCUUAUGAACUAUGGCAAGGCACUUCAAACGCACAGUAAUGUGAUUAUGUUAUUUUUGGAUGAUAUGAUAAACAAUAGGGAAUAUAAGUUUCCUUUUGCAUUGAUCGCGCUAAAUAUGUACUUAAAUAACGUUUCUGGCUCUUUAAAUAUGAUUUCUCUAACCGAAGAUAGUGAAAAAAAUGAUGCUACAAAAUUAUUAGAAGGCUAUAACAUUAUUCAUUUCGCAGUUAAAAAUCAAUUAAAGCAUUUCAUUAGUAAUAAUUGUGAGAAUACACGAUUUUUUGAUUAUAUGGUUAGUUGCAAUACUCCAAUCGGUAUAAAUGAAUGUACUACAAUUAAUCUAAUUAAUAUAAAUAAUCAUCUCAAAGAUAAAAUACUGAAAGAGUUUCAUUUAUCAGUAGAAAAAAAUUCAUACAAAAAUUUUCAUCCGAAAAAUUUUUUGUUUUACGAAAUAAUGACUCAACAGAUUAUCAGCAACAAAAAUAAUAUAAAAAUAGAUAAUAGUAAACACAUAGAAUUAAAUUUACUGCGAUUCACUCCACUUAAUGUCCAAUGCUCUGACGGUACUCGUUUAACUAUACAAGAUGUAUUUGAGUAUAUGAAAUAUGAUUUUAAUUCUAAAGAUGUUUUAGAAUACAUAAACAUGGUAAUUUUGGCUACGUUUCAACCAAUAGCUAUUCUUAUACGCAACUUUUUUACCUUAAUUAUAGUUGCAUCUUCAGAGAAUUCGGAUAGUGUACCUAUUCGUUUCAAAUCGACAUUAAGUAAAACUGGUGAAAUAAUAUUAAAUUAUAUAAGAAAAUUCAUUUAUCUCGGCUUGUUCAAUAAGAAACGGACAUCAUUUCUGAUAAAAAUCAUUAAUGAAUUUGUUUAUAGCUUAAACAAUUAUACUAGAAAUACAGAGUUGUCCAAUAUGAAUAUAGAAUCUAGUAAUAUAAUAAUUACAUUACUUAUGAAUUUUUUUCUCAAAAACAGAUUUUACUUUACACCUUAUAUUGUUCUAAGAAAUGAAAUAAUUAAUGAAAAUAAUGCCAAUGAAAUUCAAAAUCAAUUAGAAAAAAUCAUGCACAAAGUUGAUGUAUAUAUGAAAGAUUUGAAAAAAUGGAAUAGUUAUCUUAAAUUAAUAAUAAAAAUUUGUCAAAUUCCGAAUUUCAAAGUUUCAUCUUAUAAUCAUUUAAUUGAUUCUAAAAUUUCGAAUCUUAUUUGUGGUACUGAAACACAUUUUGAAAUAGACAAUGCUAGUAGGAAUGACUGCAAUAAAAUUGACAUAGGAUUUUUUAAGAGCGAUUAUAUUACAGAAUAUAAUUUAAAGGAGAUAUUAAAAGAAGAACCUGAUACAAAUGAUACCCUUAAAAUUCAAACUGGUAAACCGUUCUAUAUGAUCGAUUAUUUGCCAUACAACAUGUAAAGUGAUAUUAUUAAAAUUAUAUUAAUACUAAAUAUUGUAUAAUGUCUUGCCUAUUUGCAAAAUUAAAAAUUUUUUAGUAUACAGUAUACAAAGUGAUUCUUUUCAUACUAAUCACUCGAUUUUUUUAAAAAUAAUAAUUAUAUUACAAAAAUUAUUUUUAGUACUUUUUAGUUUUAUAUAUUUUUAAUUUAAAAUUAAUCU